AUGAUACGUUCUCAAAGCAGAAGUUCUGAAUUUGGCACAUGGGUACGCAAUGCUACCGACAAAGAACGAGAGUCAGCUAUGAGUAUUCUACAAAAUGUUCUUCGUCAGCCAGUGAUAGGUUAUGAUCAUCCAGCUCAAAAAAUAUUACAAAAAAAUAAAUUUCUCACAGGCAACAAACCACCCGGCGGGAGAGCUUCAUCCGCACGAAAACUAGGUCGUACACGAACAACUCAUCAGUUUCCUUGCGAAAUCUGUGAAAAAUUACUGAUCAAGCGACACGUAUGGGAUUUAAAUCGGUCAACUCAAUCGUCUUGUUGUCAUCACCAUAAACAACAGGAUGAUAAACCAAAUUCUGCCCAUAAGUACAAUGUCCAAAUUGUACAGUAG